CUCGAAAUGGAAGCACAAGUGCAACAAGCUGGAUUGCCAAUGAUGUUUUGGCGGUGACAAUGUCGAGGCCAAAGCCCAACAUCCUGGUGACGGGUACACCAGGUGUCGGCAAGACCACUUUCUGCGAGGCCCUUGCAGCUGCAUCGAGUCUGGAACAUUUAGAGGUCAGCAAGAUGGUGCGGGAGAAACGGCUUUACCGCGAAUGGGAUGAUGAGCUGGACUGCAGCAUUUUCGACGAGGAGAUGGUGCAGGAUGCGCUAGAGCCCUUGCUGGAGUCCGGAGGUUGCGUGGUUGACUUCCACUCAUCGAGCUUUUUGGAUGAAAGCCUUGUGGACUUGGUGGUUGUUCUCAGGGUAGACACAAGUACCUUGUACGAUCGCUUGGAAAAGAGACAUUAUCCGGAAAGCAAAGUGAAGCAAAAUGUCGAGGCCGAAAUUUUCCAAAGUUGUUUGGAUGAGGCACGAGAGGUGUUUGAAGAGGCAGACAUCCAAAUUUGGGAGAUGCCACAUGACACGGAGGAGCACAUGGAAGAAGCCUUGGAACGUGUUUUGCCAUUCCCUCAGAGAACAAUGUGUUUGCAAAAAAAACUUUACCGAAAAAAAGUACUGGAGGUGGAAAAAAUAGAGGUAUAAUAAAGGUAGAAAGAAAGACAACAAAGAAUUAGGUGUUUCUUUGUUGAGCAAAUCUGUUUCUCUUGUUUGCUUCGAUCGACAACUGCGAUCGCCAUGUUACCUUGAAUUGUCAGGGGCUUUGUCCGAAGCUUCGGAUGAAAGAGUCGAGAGACGACUCACUUUCGCUUUCACUGUUUCACUCGUCCAAGAAAAGAAUUGCGUUGUUUUUUUGCCGCUGGUCCUGCCGCCUUACUUCAUUAAGUACACGCCUACUCAAUUAUGUGAAGGAGCAAGCUCCUAGCUACUCAAGUUUCUAGUAACUGGACGCAGGGAAGCUCACGCUUUUUCAAGGAAGCUUUCCCCGCCUGAGGGCGCUUCCUUGAGCUCGCAAAUGAUUUGUUUGGUUCCUGGAUUUUUAGGAAACUUGACUAAUGAUACUAAUGGAGAAAAGAAUUGCACGAGGAGCUGCACGAGUUCUGACAAGUUC